AUGACAGGCCAGGUGAGCAGGUCUUCUCUGAAGAAGCCGAGGAGCUGUAACCUCUUCAAAGCACUUUUCUGUUGCCUCAGAGGAGCACAGGCUGCCCCCAAACCACUGCCACCUUCCCAGGAUGCCUUGCUGGAGCCACAGGACAAUGGGGACGUUGUCAAGGUAACAUAAUUUAUUCCUCUCAGCAUCUCUGCAGCAUUGUUGCUGUAAUUAUCCAUAUCAGAAAUAGAGUGUAUGGACUGUUGUUUGCUGUAUUUCAACCAAGUAUGGGACUUUUAUGUAGCCUAAAAAAAGUGUUGCAAAAGUGUCAUUUUACAUUUUGUUAUGUUUGCAAAGCUUGUUUGGACACCUAAAGCAGAUUCAGAAUAAAUCGUUUUUGCCACAAAGUUUCACAAAUUAUAAUUUGCCAUGUUAGACUUUAUUAUAGGAUAUGAUACUCUUGUGUGUACAGUUGUAUAUCUAGCAAAGUGUUUUUUUGUCAAACAACUAUCAGGCUUUUUAUUUUACAACUGUCUAGUGCCUCAUCUCAUGUUUAACUACUCCAGCGUGAUUGCAGGAAAAGCAUAAAAUAACUACAUCGGAAAUUGAUAGCUUUCCUCUGUUGAGCAAUACCUAUAGUCCCGUGAAAAUGUGUGGGAUUAUUGCCAGUGGAUGUUAUAACAGCAUGUUGCAAUAUGGAAUAGCUGUUGCACCUGUUGUGAACAUCUUGAACACUACCAUGACGGUUGGCAGCUACAGAGUAGUUUAGGUCUGUUCACAUUGAUCUCCUACGAUGAUAAGACAGCUGAGUGAAUUGUAAUCCACUAAGGCAAAACAGAGGUGCAGAGGGCCUACAAAGAGUGGAUAAUGUGAUGUGCAUGUCAGUUCAUGUGGGAGACAUAAGAUAUGUUAGAUAUGUACAGUAUUUUGUGUUCUGGUGCAUCAUAACCAAUUUGUACAGAAGCAUGAAAAGGUGUUGUUGCCCACUGGCCACCAGUGAGGCUGUCAGGUGUAGAUGAGCGUUAGCAUCAUGUAACAGGGGCUAAUGAGCUUCAUGUUUGUUGAUAUUACCUAGUGUCCUCUAGGCAGCACUGGAGCAGUGAGGAAGCUGUAGCUGUUGUGAGGCCUGGGUAUUGUUUGCGUCUCUGAAUUGAAUCUGAUUAAACAUGCAUAUAUACAGUAUAGGCCCUAUAGCCUAUCAAGUCCAUCUGCUGUCAACAGCCCACAGCUGUUACACUGCGACACUGUUAUUAUACUGUAGUUACAUUGGUUGGUGGAAAUCUAUAAAUGUUAUUUGAUUUUUAAUGCUAGUAGAGUGAGGCACUGUGUUUAUGAAGCAUAAAGCCAGUCUAAUAAAAAAGGGCAAUAUGUGUUGAUGUCCCCAAUGAGUGCUCUGUACAGAUACAGUAGUUACCUUGGUCUGUACUCUGUCUCCUCCACGACAGCUCUCAUCUGGGCCCAGCCUGCUGCCAGAGAUGAUACCUCAGGACCAGGGGAAGAUAUGUUUGGUCAUAGACCUGGAUGAAACACUGGUGCAUAGCUCAUUCAAGGUAGCUACCAACCACUAUUCAACUCUUACUGUAACUCCCGCUGUUGUCAACUCACUGUUAAAGGGUUUUGUAGGGGUAUUUGUUUCAACAGUAGUUAAAAGAGGAAAUAUCAUAAAGUGAAUAAUGGUUUUAUUUUUAUAUACUGUAUAUAUCUAUAUUAUAUUUAUGGGGUUAUUAUAGUCUAGGUCUAAGUGAUUUUAUCUUAUGUAAUUACAUUAGAAUGUUCAACGGCUCCCUCUGUGUUCUUUCCUUAGCCUAUUAGUAAUGCAGAUUUCAUAGUGCCUGUGGAGAUUGAGGGGACCACACACCAGGUAAAAUAUGUGAACUAAAUACAGUAUGUGUGCGCUUGUUGAGUCGGGUAGCUUGGUGUUCAUGUACUGUAUGUUGAUGUGUUCAGAGUUCAGUGUUUGCUGAGCUUAAAAUAGGAUGGGUUUUAGGACAGAUGAGGUUUGUUAUGGGCGCCAUGAGACCUCUACUGGCCAGAUGUGAGGUUGAAUGGGAAAGGAAGUGGAAGCCUUAUAAAGAAAACAAGUGAUUUCAGCAUAGUUAGUUCACCUUUCAUAAAUAAGUAAUUUUUAGAGAAAAUGUGGAACAGAAUUUACUCACCAAUGCACUGCACCAGGGAUAAUAUUUAAAUACUUUAUUGUAUCCUUUGCAUGCAGAACUUCAUGCAAAAAAUGCACAUGCACAACUGAGCAUGUGAGGACUGUUGUUUGGUUUGGGAGUGUUCGCCAUGGGCCUCUGCCUGGUUCAAGUAAUCCAGGAUAGGCUGGUUAACACAUGCACGGCCUAUUCUUGAUUACUUGUUUCAGGAACUGGCCACCAGCAACUGGAAUGGACACAAUGACAACAACCAUUUAAUGUAAUGUGGAACAAAUAUAAGUAUGACUACAGAGGAAGAGUGAAUAUUAUAAUAAUAAUAAUAUCAUAUUUGUUUCCGGAUAUGCCAUUACUAUGCAAUUUCAACGCAAUUAGUAAAGGAAUAUGUAAUAAGAAUGCUGUUACUUUAGUGUUGUUACUGUAGUAAUUAUAGUGUUAUUACAUAGCUAGGUAUAAUCGCAGUAUAAUGCAAAGUGUUACCAAACAUUCAUACCAGGUGUUUGUUUCAGGUAUACGUGCUGAAGAGGCCGUAUGUGGAUGAGUUCCUACAGCGAAUGGGAGAGCUGUUUGAGUGUGUUCUGUUUACGGCCAGUCUUGCCAAGGUAAGCUGAAAAAGAAGAAGAAAACAUUGUCUUGUUAUGACAUUUCCCUAUUAUUCUUCGUGAGAAGAUUACUCUUCAUUUUCAAUACUAGUUUAGGAAGUUUUUUUUAAAUAUUCUCUUUCCCAACCCUCUGUAGCCUUUCCCCCAUGCGUUAGAUGACCUUUGUAGUGCCACAACCAGCUUUGUGAAUUUGCAUAUUAGGAGCUAGCAUACAUUUUAAAUGUAAUGUGUAGUUACAGUUGUGGUCAACUAUAUUGGCACCCUUGCACAAUUAAAAAUUUUUUCUAAAAUAAGUUGAAAAAAAAAAAAUGGUGUUCACAUGUGUAUUUGUUUGAUUUACAACUGCACAGGACCCCAAAAAAUAAAAACAAAAUUGCCCGGACUCAAAUAUUAAAAAUGUAUUUGGUUGGAGGCAAGUUAUUCUCAUUUACUGUGUUAUUUAUCUCACCUGUGGGAAGUUAAAGGUGCAUACAGGGUAAAGAUAGCCAUUCAACCAGUUUUGAAAAGAGAGAACUGAACAUUCUGCCCCAUUGAACUCCAUUUUAAAGUGCAAGGGUGCCAGUAUAUUUGACUGCAACUGUACAUUAUUAGUAGCUUGGGUAAACCUUGGUGACAUCUUGCACCAAAUCCAAAUUCCCAUUUACCCCCUACUUUCCAUUCCCCACUUCUGGUCUUGCCCUUUCCUGCAUUCCCUGAUCCCCCUUUCCCUACUUGCCCUCCCUUAGUAUGCAGACCCAGUGACUGACCUGUUGGAUCAGUGUGGGGUGUUCCGGGCGCGGCUCUUCCGGGAGUCCUGUGUGUUCCACCAGGGUUUCUAUGUCAAAGACCUCAGCCUACUGGGCAGAGAGCUCCAUAAGACCCUCAUCCUGGACAACUCUCCUGCCUCCUACAUCUUCCACCCUGAGAAUGCUGUGAGUUUGGGUUUCAUUCAACUUAACUGUGACCUCUUUCAGGAUUCAAAGUGAUAAUUAACAUGAUAUUAGUUCAGAUUUUACUGCAUUCUGAUCCUAUUCUAUUCACUUUAAAAAAACAAGUUUAACCUUAUAUUCCACUUAAAAUAUCUGUCCAGUGUUCCCAGAUGUCUAUGUAAUAUGACCUAUAAUUAAUUACAAUAUGAGUGAAAUAGUUUUCCUUAAAAAAAAAAGAAGUAAUUAAGUAUGUUAAAAAGCAGCUUUUAUGUGUUGGAAUGGUGUGGGCCUACCCCAACAACAGAAUGAUGUGGGCAUAUACUGGCCAUUAAAAAUAAUCAGGCGAGUAGGAUGACAUCAUCCUCUAUGAGGAAAUAGCAAGCAUUUUUUAAAUGGUCUGUUUUGAGAUGUAAAAAUGAAAUAAAAAAAUUACGUGUUUUCAAUUCCAUUUAUGCUUUGGCCACAUAUGAGUAUAGGAUGAGUCAACAACAUUAUUUAACAGAAUAUGAACUUUUGAUUUAGGACAGAUAUAUACAACAAGAAUAUAUAGUUUGUCAAUACCCCAACACUGCAAACAAAGCAUUAGUAAGUGAGUGAAUGGUUUCUCUGUUGCUCCCUCAGGUUCCUGUGGUGUCCUGGUUUGAUGAUGUGGAGGAUGCUGAGCUGCUCCACCUGCUGCCAGUGUUUGAGGACCUGAGUCAGGCUGAAGACGUCUACAUCAAACUGGGGGAGCUAAGAGUGCCAUGAUGGAGGCGGGAGGACCCUGCUCUCACUGCCAGACUAGCCAGCACCUGGCCCAGAACAUGCGCACCACCAUAGAAAUAGAAUAAUAACAUUCUAUUCAUAUAACAUUGUAUUUGUAUGCUCACCACCCAGAGACACAUGCAUUGUAUUUGGUUCAGACGAGCACUUCAUGACUUUCUAAGGCCUUUUCUCUGAGACUCUGAGCUUCUGUCUGUCUGUCAACCACUGUCUGAUAACUCUGAACCAAAAUACAGUAGAGAACUGCAAUCACUCCAAAUGAAUAUGAAUAAAGUGGUUCAUUUUUGCCAAACCAGAAGCCUGCAUGGCCUGAUCUGACUCAGGACACUUGUAUCAUUGUGCCUUUUUUCUAAACAAACACAAAAACCAAGCAGCUCAAACUGUUUUUUUAUGUGUUUUUUUUCUUCCAAUCUCACUAUGCAAUCCUCUUCUGUAAUCAUGAUGGACUACAGUGCUACUUGUUAUACGGGUGGGUCACAAUCAUAUCUAGAAUGCCAACGGAAUGUAUCUUUACAUUUUCCUGGAUAUAUGACCAGUCAGCAUAUGCUCAUGUACUAUACGUUUAACUGACGUUUAAGUAUGUAAAUAUUUGUAUUAUUUACUGUAAAAUGGCCAACAAUGCAAAAUGCCUCUCCAAUAAGUACUGAAUACAUUAUAAGUAUAUAAUUUUGAAGAGCUUAAAAUAUUAGCAACAUGAUAUCAUUUUUUUCUGAAUAGCAUACAGUGGUGUUAUAAAGUUUUAUAAAGCUCUUUAAGUUUAUAAUUUGGGACCAACUUCUUCAAUCUGGUCACUUGAAUGUCGACACACUGGAUCCCAUGGUUGUAGGCCCAUGGUUGUAGGCUGCUCAGCAGAAGUACAGUAUAGUGUUGCUCUUAAUAUAUUUGGUCCAGUCUACGCAUUUAUUUUUCAGUUUUUCUUGGAAUACUAAAUGACAGAAGUUGCACUAUUUGUUUUUAUAAGUAAGACUGCUAAAAGUGACAACUGUGCAUUUCCAAUUCAGUCAGAUAUAUGCAGAUAAUGCACACGUAUGCCAUGCUGAAUGUGGUCAAAUGCUGUAUUAUCAAGCAUUAGGAGUUGUGGAAUAUUUUAAUUUUUUUAUUUUU